UCUCUCUCUCUCUCUCUCUCUUCCCCUGUUUCAAAACUCAACAACGGACACAAGAAAGACUCCUCCCUUCUCCUUCUCCUUGUCUCUCUCCUUUUCUUGCAGCCAAAUCCAAUCACUCAAAAUCUCUUCCAUUUGAUUUGAACUGAAUCAAGAACCAAAACUCCAUUAAAGGCCAUGGCUUUCCUCUUGCCCAACCUCUCCCCUUGUCUCCUCCAACCCAAGCCCUUUCAUCCCACCAAACCCUUCUCUCUCUCUCUUUCUUCUCCCUCUCCCUCUCCCUCUCCCUCUUCUUCGGUUUCUGUCAGUCCUGCCCUGAGCAGCGUGGAAACGCCGACUGUUCAAGGGGUUGAAGUGGGUACCCCACGCGAUGAGCAGGACAAUCAGCAUAGAGACGACUUCUUCGUCAAUCUUGGGCUCGCCGUCAGGACUCUCCGUGAAGACAUGCCUCUGCUCUUCACCAAGGACCUCAAUUAUGACAUCUACAGGGAUGAUAUCACUUUUACGGACCCUUUGAACACCUUUACUGGGAUUGAUAACUACAAAUUAAUUUUCUGGGCAUUGAGAUUUCAUGGAAAGAUUCUGUUUCGUGAUAUUUCCCUCGAGGUGUACAGAAUUUGGCAGCCUUCAGAGAAUAUGAUAUUGAUCAGGUGGAACCUAAAAGGGGUUCCUCGGGUUCCGUGGGAAGCAAGAGGGGAGUUUCAAGGGACGUCGCGGUAUAAGCUGGAUAGGAAAGGCAAGAUCUACGAGCACAAAGUGGACAAUCUAGCCUUUAAUUUCCCACAACCCCCUAAGCCCGCAGUGUCGGUUCUGGAUUUGGUCACCGCUUGCCCAGCUAGUCCAAAUCCGACAUUCUUGUGGGCUCCGGUUGACGUGCAACCAUCAUCGUGGGUGGAAUUCUAUCGAGCUGUGAGGGAGACUUUGGAUCGUCAAGAUCAUUUGCUCACACAAGACGGUUUCCUUCCUUGCUCAUAGUAGAACGUGCAGUUCGCAGUCUUGUAAUCGGUAGGGCAUAUACUUGUGUAAUAGUGCAAUGCAGCUCGUGUGGUAUCAUUAUUUUGAUGGCUAAUAAAGGUGGUUUUGGUGAAUGAUGAUACAGUAUAUGUACAUAAGGAGGUACGCUGAACGGUUCAAUGUAUACUCUCGAUUUUGGAGGAGGUGGAGGUGCUCGAGUGUAAAGUUAGCCAGUACAUGUGGACAUCUAUGGGCACUCUAAUACAGCCCUGGCUAUUUGGUCCCCUGUUUCCGUU